AUGAUGCUGGCGGUCGCCAACCUCGGGAUAGACAGCGCCUACCUCAUGGGCUCCGUGGGGCACGCCAACUGGAAGUGCUCACUCCAGGGGUUCGGGCGGGUCUACUUUGCGCUGGUGGAGUUCGCGCUGGUGACGGCCAUCACCCUCACGUGCUACGUCAUGGUCGUCAAGCGAUAUUACGGCAUCCAAGAGCGCUUCUGGACGGUCAUGGCGUACUGCUGGUUGAUACCCCUGGGGAUGGCGUGCCUUCCCUUCACCACCGACAACUACGGCGAAGCCGGGGCCUGGUGCUCCAUCACGUCCAAGGACCUCAAGUCCCUCGAGUGGGGAACGUUCUGGCGGUUCGCCGUCAUAUACGUGCCCCUGGUUUUCGAGGCGGCGAUGGUGGCGUACGUGGAGCCCGGGCACGAAACGCAAGCGGGUGGGGGUGGCAGCAGCGUCGCCAGCACCGGAGCCGGCGGCACUCAUCCUGCAGCGGAGGCGGCUGCGCCCGCCGGCGGGGGGGGGGCGAGAACAGGACCGGGGGGGGUGGAGACCUCUACGUCGAUUCCCAUAAUCGAGAGACUGCGCUUGUAUCCCAUCGUCCUGGUGGUUUGCUGGAGCUGGGCGACCGUAAAUCGCACCAGGGAGGCGAUCGAGCCGUACGCGGAGUCCUUGUUCUGGCUUUUCAUCCUCCAGUACAGCUUUCAGUCGAUCCAAGGCUUCCUCAACCUGAUGAUCUUCCUGCGGACACCGGGCGUCAUGGAGGAGUGGCGGGACGACAUCAAGAAGUGGAGCUGUGGCGACUGCUGCUGGCCAUUCCGAAGAGUCCGGACCGUAGAUCGCGCGGGACUGCUGGACAGCAGCAGCACAUCAUCAUUAUCCGAGCCGGGCCGAAAGUAA